GCGACAGAGCGCGCAAUGUGAUCCUUUAUCUGCGCUCUCAUUGGCUAGGCACAUUCACUGUCCUGUCAUCUCAUUGGCUGGAAAGGGUUUCUGUCUGCCAAACACCGGUAUGGCGGCGAUCGGUGUGCAUUUGGGGUGCACGUGUGCGUGCGUGGCCGUGUAUAAGGAUGGUCGCGCUGACGUGGUCGCCAAUGAUGCCGGUGACAGAGUGACGCCUGCUGUUGUCGGAUUCUUGGAAAAUGAAGUGAUUGUUGGCUUGGCAGCAAAGCAGAGCAGAGUGAGAAAUGCAGCAAACACUAUUGUGAAAGUGAAACAGAUAUUGGGCAGGAGCUUUAAAGACCCACAGGCUCAAAAGCACAUCUCUGAAAGCAAGUGUUCAGUAAUUGAUAAAGCAGGAAAACCAAAGUAUGAAAUUGAUACAGGAGAAACCGUGAAAUUUAUAAGCCCAGAAGAUGCUGCUAAACUUGUCUUCAGUAAAAUGAAAGAGACCGCCCAGUCAGCUUUGGGAUCAGAUGUCAAUGAUGUGGUUAUCACUGUUCCUUUUGAUUUUGGUCCAAGUCAGAAAAAGUCCCUAGGGGAGGCAGCAGCAGCUGCUGGAUUCAACAUUUUGCGUAUGGUCCAUGAACCUUCCGCUGCGCUCUUGGCAUAUGGUAUUGGACAGGAUUCACCUACUGGUAAAACCAAUGUAUUGGUAUACAAAUUAGGAGGAACAUCAUUAUCUGUCACUGUGAUUGAAGUGAACAGCGGAAUAUAUCGAGUUCUUGCAACAAAGACUUAUGACGACAUUGGAGGAGUAUGUUUCACAGAAGCUCUAGCCCAAUAUCUGGCAUCUGAAUUUCAGAGGUCAUACAAACAUGAUAUUAAAGGAAAUGCCCGGGCAAUGAUGAAACUUAUGAACAGUGCUGAUGCAGCUAAACACUCCUUAACAACUUUAGGAAGUUCUAAUUGUUUUGUGGAUUCGUUGUAUGAUGGCAUUGACUUUGAUUGCAGUGUUUCCAGGGCUCGUUUUGAGCUCAUCUGUUCUUCCCUGUUCAAUCAGUGCAUGGAUCCAAUCAAAAAGCUUUUGGAAGAGCUAGAAUUUAAAGCUACGGAUGUGAAUCAGGUAGUGCUAUGUGGAGGAUCUGCUCGCAUUCCAAAAUUGCAGCAAUUAAUUAAGGACCUAUUUCCAGAGGUGGAAUUGUUAAACAGCAUACCUUCUGAUGAGGUCAUUCCUAUUGGAGCUGCCAUAGAAGCUGGAAUUCUGCUUGGUAAAGACAAUCUGUCCACAGAACUGGACUCCAUUACCAUUGAGUGCUCUGCCAGUGACAUACUGGUGAAGGAAGCUGACGAGUCAGGAGCUGAGAAGUUCACUCUAUUGCUGCCUUCGGGAACCCCACUUCCUGCUCGUAGGCAGCACACAUUACAAGCAUCUGGAAGCUUAACCUCUGUAUGUUUGGAGUUGUACGAGUCUGUUCCUAAAUCAAAUAUAUCAGACAGCAGUAAAUUUGCACAGAUUGUACUUAAAGAUUUGCAAAAGAAAGAAAAAGGAGUUCAUGAUAUAGUCACUGUGCUGACAAUGAAGAGGGAUGGAGCAUUACAUGUAACUUGCACAGACAAAGACACUGGAAAAUCGGAGAUGAUCACCGUAGAAGAGUCAUCUUAAUGGUUCCUAAUAACCAUCUGUCAUUCCACAUAGAGAACGGGAUAUUUUGGAAGACGCCAUUAGCAGCAAUAGUGCACAGACCAAGAAGCUUGCAGUGAAUGGUGCAUCCAUGCUCCUUGUUAUACUUACAAAUGCUGCAACCAAUAUCUGAAAGUCAUAUGGUCAA